AUGCCUUCACAUCUGUUGGACUCACUGCGAACUCAACGAAUGUCUGCUUAUUUUAGGGUGUUUAACAAAGCGCUUCUGUUUCCGCCUCUAGGUCUCUCCCAAGCGAGAUUAGUUCGGAACCGUUACGCAGACACUCAGAGUGUGGAUCAAGUGAUUGAUUUGGACAACAAUUGGCGCAAAACUCGCCAUAAUUUGGAUCAAUUGAAUAAAGCGAAGAACCAGAUCUCGAAAGAGUACGGAAAUCGUAUGAAAUUAUUGAGAAAUACAAGCAAAGAGUCGCCCGAAGAACAGACAUCCACUCAGACCACAGCCAAAGAUGUGUUUGAUUUGAAUGAAUUGCUGACAAAAGUGAAUGAAAUCAGUGGUGACCAGCCGUUAGACCACUUGAAGCACUUGAGACAACAGGUCGAGCAACAGAUCAUCCAAUUGACGGACAGUUUGAACCAAUUGGAGGACAAGAGGAACAGCAUUCUGAAGGAAAUCGGAAAUUUGUUGCAUCCGGACGUCCCUAUCAGUGCUGAUGAGGACGAGAAUGCAGUGAUCAGGACAUGGGGUCAGUUCACCCAAUCGGACGGUCAGCACAAACUCCACUCUCACGUGGACUUAAUCCAAAUGAUUGGUGGUGUGGACACUGAACACGGCUCAGACAUCGCCGGUUCCCGCGGCUUCUUCCUGACCGGUGCGGCCAUUUGGUUACAACAGGCGCUCAUCCAAUACUCCCUCCGAUUCCUGUCGGACGCAGACUUUGAACCAAUUUAUACCCCGUUUUGGAUGCGGAAGAGUCUAAUGAGUUCUGUCGCACAGUUGAGUCAAUUCGAUGACGAACUCUACAAAAUCAUAUCCAAUAAAGACAGUGAGGACUCGGAGGACAAGUAUCUGAUCGCCACAUCUGAACAACCAAUCGCUGCAUUGCAUCGCAACGAAUGGCUCAAUCCGGCCACUCUUCCCAUUAAAUACGCCGGUCUAUCGACGUGUUUCCGACAAGAGGUGGGCGCCCACGGGAGGGACACCCGCGGCAUCUUUCGGGUGCAUCAGUUCGAGAAGAUCGAGCAGUUUGUGGUGAGCCCUCCCGCCAAGUCGUGGGACUAUUUCCACGAAAUGAUCGCAAACGCAGAAAAGUUUUACCAGUCGUUAGGCAUUCCCUACCAAAUCGUGUCUAUAGUGUCCGGUGCUCUGAACAACGCCGCGGCCAUGAAGUACGACUUGGAGGCCUGGUUUCCGGGCUCUCAGGCCUUCCGCGAGUUGGUCUCUGUGUCCAACUGUACUGACUAUCAGUCGCGAAACCUGCAGAUCAGGUUCGGUCAGACCAAGAAGAUGACCGGACAGGUAGAGUACGUGCAUAUGCUUAACGGCACCCUCUGUGCGGUCACACGAGCCAUAUGUGUCAUCCUCGAGGUCUACCAAACACCGGAUGGCAUUCGAGUUCCCGAACCAUUGCAACCAUUUAUGCCACAAAAGUUUAGACAAUUAAUCCCUUUUACGAAUCCAUUGCCCUCUAAAUAA